AGUCUUAUGAGACAUUAGGGAAAAAAUAACAUGACAAGCCGCGAAGCUAUAUUUUAGUUUGGUUUUUGUUUCUUUUUUGUAAAUUACAUGCAUACAUGUGUAACAUGGAAGAUAUAGAACGUUAUAUAAAAAUCAUACACCAACGAAGAAUCGCUACUCAACGCGAGUUGGACAGUCUUCGUGAAGAAUCUGAUGAGCAUAAGAAGUUGAUGAAAACACUGCAAAACAUGAAAAAAGAAAGAGAAGAAUGCAUGGAGAAUAUUGCAAAAAAUCUUAAAACAAUUACAGCGCAGAAACACACAAUACACAAACAUAUACAUUCCUCAAAGGAUAUUUCAGGCAUGCCUAUACCCCAUAGUUACACAGAAGAUAUGAGAAUGAUGUUCACUGAUACAAUUGAAUUUUUGAACAACAUGGGAGAUACUUUUAAAACAUUCAGUAAUGCAAGGGAGAAUAAUGAUCCUACAAAACUGAUUAAAGAUGUGAUAACAUGCACAGAAGCUGCAGAAAGUAAUUUAUAUCAAACCAAAUGUCACAUUACACAGCUAGAAACAUUGAAGGAAGCAACAAAGAAAUGCCAACAACAUAUUUUUAACAGUAUUGAUAGUAUUGAAGAUGAAAGUUUAGAUUUUAGUGUAAACGAUGAGCCACCUGAGUGAAUCAACUACAAAAUAACAGGUUUAUUGCAAAUGUUUAUUGUCCGUUAUUUAAAAUACAAAACAGUUUUCGAGUAUCCUUGUGUAAGAAGUAUGUGUAAUGUCCUAUUACAUUUUCUAUAAAAGUUUUUCUUGGCA